GACCCUUAAACCAACAUGAUAGAGAUCCAUUCAGCUCAAGACUUGUUAUUCUUUGCUCAUGCUGGUGAUAGACUGUUGUUAGUUGACUUCUAUUCUCCUGGCUGUGGUGGUUGCAAGGCUCUACAUCCCAAGAUCUGUCAGCUGGCUGAACUGCAUCCAGAUGCAGUUUUUCUAAAAGUGAACUAUGAAGAACUCAGAACUAUGUGUCAAAGUCUCCACAUUCAUGUCCUUCCAUUCUUUAGAUUCUAUAGAGGAGCUGAUGGACAUCUGUGUAGCUUUAGCUGCACAAAUGCAACUAUAAAAAAAUUCAAAGAUGCAAUGGCCAAGCAUGGUGGGGCUGAGACAUGUAGUAUUGGAGCGGCAAAGGGAUUAAACGAGUCAGAGAUACUAAAACUAGCAUCAAUUGGGGAGUUAUCCAUAAACUUACCAUUACCAUCCACCGAGGAAGAAAGAGUGGAUGAUUUGGUUGCAGGAAGUAUGGAUUUAUGUGGGGUUUUGAGCAAAGCAGAUAAUAAGAUGGAAAUGGAACUUGAAGCAAAAGGUGCUUUAGUCUAGCAU